CGGGAUUUAAACUUGUAACGUAACUAUUCUCUUUGCGCAAAAGUGCAAAACCCUGAACCCCCCUUUCUUAGUUCAUGGGCGACUCUACACCACCAUCUCAAUGGCUACCCACCCCCUUCACCUUAACUUUCUCUGUUGCAGCCAUUACUGCUUAUUAUAUACUGGGAAAAAAAUGGAGAGCCAUGGAAUCAAAUGUUAAAGAACUGGAGGCAUCUCUUAAAUCUUCGGUUAAUAAAUGUGCUGCUGAACGACAAGGCCGCAUUAGGGCUCAACAGGAAUUGAGGAAGGCACUUCUGCAACAGAAGACAGAUCAUAUGGAUCCAACAUCUUAUCCCAUGAUUCCGAUUGGUACGGUCCAAUCUUGCUUCUCAACCAGGAAUGGUACGCCUAGACAACCUUUGCUGGUGCCACUUGCUAGAGCAUGUUUGAUGUUUGACCCAAUGAGGGUUCCUCCGGCAUCUUUGGAAGGUCUUGAAGAGUAUUCUCAUAUUUGGAUUAUAUAUGUGUUCCACUUAAAUACUGAUUUGGAUAAGUUAUGGUUAGAGCCUUCCAGAUCGAAGAUCAAAGCCAAGGUGAGGGUGCCACGAUUAAAAGGAGGCAAAAAAGGAGUAUAUGCAACAAGAACCCCCCAUCGUCCCAGUCCAAUUGGUCUAACUGUUGCUAAGAUCGAGGCUGUUCAAGGACAUAUGAUUUUACUUUCUGGUGUUGAUUUGGUAGAUGGAACACCAGUACUGGAUGUGAAGCCUUAUCUUCCAUAUUGUGACAGCAUCCAAGAUUCAAUGGUGCCAGAAUGGGUUAAGGAAGACAGCUUAUUAGCUGUAGAUUCUGUUAUUUUCUCUGAGAGCUUCCACUCUGCUCUUGCAGAUUGUUGGGAAUCAGUGAAGAGAAGCAGUUUGUAUUCAUCACCCAGUGAGAUGAAGAAAUUGAUUGAGCAGGUUCUUUCAUGGGACAUACGAUCAUCAUCACAGAGACACCGACCUCAUAAAUCCAUAUUGACUGUAGGAAACGUAGAACCAACUGAAAUUUCUCCAAAUGGAGAAGAUGGUGAAGGUGAAGAAACCCUCAAUCCUGUAAGCGAAAUAUGUGAUCCUAGCCUUAUUGUUUAUCAUCUUAAUUUGGAAAGCUUAGAUAUAUCUUAUAUGAUAGACUGUGAGGGCAAUGUUAUAGUAGACAGUGUGGCGCCUGUAUCUAGUGUUCCUACAAGUAAUCAAAACCGAUGCAGUUAUACAAUGUGGAAGGACAAACUUGGAUAAUUA